AUGGCACAAAUUAUAAAAAACGCUGCACUUUUAGUAAUGGAUAUGCAAGCUGGAAUAUUACGUAAUCUUCCAGAUGCUACAUCACUUAUCAAUAAUACAGUUAAAGCGAUAACCACUGCACGGGACAACAAAAUACCAAUUAUUUAUGUAGUAGUUGGAUUUAGAUCUAACAUGCCGGAAAUUAGUAAUAAUAAUAAAGCAUUUACGGCAAGUAAAGAAAGGUUUGCUAAUGUGGACAUGAAUGAAUUCAUGAAGAUUGAAACUGCAUUAGCACCACAACCUAACGAUAUUACAGUGGUUAAACGACGAUUCAGUGCAUUUACCGGUAGUGAUCUCGAAGUAAUCCUACGAGCAAAGAAUAUUCAGCAGGUUGUGCUUACUGGUAUUUCUACGAGUGGUGUUGUACUAUCAACUGUACGUGAAGCAGCUGAUAAAGAUUACCAGAUUGCUGUUUUAUCGGAUUGCUGCGCCGAUACAGACGAUGAAGUACAUCGUGUACUAUGUACCAAAAUCUUUCCUCGUCAAGCAGAUGUAAUUACAGUGGACGAAUGGAAAAACACAAUUAAUCAAUAG